CGUUCCGACGACAAACACCUCCCUUUCCCUGCGCUCCCGUCUUCCUUCCAGAGCUGCCUUGUCUGCACAUGCAGAAGCGCCAAGAGCGAGCGCCUCAUCUCUUUAUAUUGCUCUCACACCCUCCGUUUCUCGCUCCCACCCACUGCCACUGUACUUGUGUUGUGUUAGUGCUGUGCUGCGAGAAGAAGGAGAAGCAGAGGAAGAGCAGGUGCUGAGAAGCCUGCCGGCGCGCGUUACGACAAGCAUAUAUGGGGGAGAUCACCAAUGUCAUGGAGUACCAGGCCAUCGCCAAGCAGAAGCUUCCGAAGAUGGCCUACGACUACUACGCGUCCGGCGCCGAGGACGAGUGGACGCUGCAGGAGAACAGGGAGGCCUUCUCCAGGAUCUUGUUCCGUCCGCGCAUACUGAUCGACGUGUCCAAGAUCGACAUGACCACCACCGUGCUGGGGUUCAAGAUCUCCAUGCCCAUCAUGGUCGCCCCCACUGCUAUGCAGAAGAUGGCUCACCCAGAUGGGGAGAACGCCACUGCGCGCGCGGCGGCUGCGGCAGGCACCAUAAUGACACUGUCGUCCUGGGCAACUUCAAGCGUCGAGGAGGUUGCCUCGACCGGGCCAGGGAUCCGCUUCUUCCAGCUAUACGUCUACAAGGACAGGAAGGUGGUGGAGCAGCUGGUGAGGCGAGCUGAAAGGGCUGGGUUCAAGGCCAUCGCGCUCACCGUCGACACGCCGCGCCUUGGCCGCAGGGAAGCUGACAUCAAGAACAGAUUUGUCCUGCCACCACACCUGACGCUCAAGAACUUCGAAGGUCUGGACCUCGGCAAAAUGGACCAGGCUGCUGAUUCAGGGCUGGCUUCCUAUGUCGCCGGCCAAGUCGACCGCACCCUGAGCUGGAAAGACGUCAAGUGGUUGCAGACCAUCACCACGCUGCCGAUCCUCGUCAAGGGAGUGCUCACCGCUGAAGACACGAGGCUUGCGGUGGCGAACGGCGCGGCGGGGAUCAUCGUGUCGAACCACGGCGCGCGGCAGCUGGACUACGUGCCGGCGACCAUCAGCGCGCUGGAGGAGGUCGUGAAGGCCGCCCGGGGCCAGCUCCCCGUGUUCGUCGACGGCGGCGUCCGCCGCGGCACCGACGUCUUCAAGGCGCUCGCGCUCGGCGCCGCCGGCGUAUUCGUCGGGAGGCCGGUGGUGUUCUCCCUGGCGGCGGCGGGCGAGGCCGGCGUGUCCAACGUCCUGCGCAUGCUGCGGGACGAGUUCGAGCUCACCAUGGCGCUCAGCGGCUGCACCUCCCUCGCCGAAAUCACCCGCAAGCACAUCAUCACCGAGUCCGACAAGCUCAGCGCCAUCCCGUCGCGCUUGUAGAUGAGGCAAAAUCAAUCGCCUGCUACGCCUACGCCUACGCUACGCCGCCGGUCGAUCGGGGAUACUCAGCUCGUGCAUGGAUGCAUGCAUGCGUGCUCGACGACGAUCAUGAUACCAUAUAUAAUCUAGGACUGCGCAUAUAUAUAUAUUUUGUUCCAGAAAUGAUCGAUCACGUACUGUACUGUAAAAUCUUAUAGAUUAUUACACGCAUGGUGUGUGCUGCAUCUUCAUUAGUUGUU